AUGAAUACAUUAGGGUUAGAUGAUGUGAGCAAAUCUGAUCCACUAUUACAUAAUUUGACCGCUCUUUCAUUUCAGGCGCCAGGAACUGCGGUACAGGGUGGAAAAGAUGCUAAUAAUGGAGGUGGUAAUGCUCGUAUGGCGCAAGUGGAUCUGGGUGAUCUAUUUAGCGAUUUGAGUGUUCCAGGUGGUAGUCCUGGAACGUCAACACAUGUUAAUACAUCCCGCGAUUUAAAUGAGCAGAACAAGGCGCAUAAACAGAAACCCAUAUUACAACAGCCAAAACCACAACCACAAAAACAGGGAUUGGUUGAAUCUAGUGAUCCUCUGGAUACGUUUUUUAACUCGGCUCCAUCCAAUGUGCCUCCUGUUUCAAAUGUAACACAUGAUGAUGUGUGUGCCAACGACUUAUUUGACUUUUCCAGACCAGGUGAGCGUGCAAGGUACUCGGAUGAACGGUCUUUUUUAGAAGCCUUUGAAAAUCAAGGUAAAGGGAAGCGAGGUGAAACACGUGAUGGACCAUCACUUGCUGAUCUCAGCAAAGGAUCUUCGGGAAAUAAGGUGAAAGCACGUCUGCUAAAAAUAAUGAAUUACUAUGAUGUACUAGGUGUUACUUUCAAUGCUACACCAGAAGAGAUUCGAAAACAGUAUAAGAAGAAAGCGCUAGAACUUCAUCCUGAUAGGGUGGGUCGAGAUCAAACAGAAGAAGAGGCAGAACUUUUUAAAGUCAUGACAAAAGCUCAUGAGAUUCUCUGUGAUGCAGAGGAGCGAGCCAAGUAUGACGCGGAACUGCGAAGUUCCAGUAAUGGUGCUACAGGUGAGGCGACGUGGCUUUUUCAUCUUCAUCAAGAGUAA